UGCACCACUUUUUGCCGAACAACUGGUCACACUCGAAGCCAGAGAAGAAAAAGGCGGUCCGCCGCGAAUUAAACCAUAAAAUUUGCGCUAGUUCUGUUUGAUUUGCUAUCUAUUUACUAGCAUAAUGAGCAGCACCAAGGUGCCGGCAGAGUGGAAGCGUCGCGUCAAGUCGGAGUACUUUAAAAUACGUCAGCAAAAGCGGCACAAGCGAGCAGACGAAAUAAAAGAGGCGUGGAUAAAGAACUGGGACGAGCACAACCACAAUGUGCAGGAUCUGUACUGCGAGUCGAAGGUGUGGCAGGCCAAGCCGUACGAUCCCCCGCAUGUGGGAUGCGUGAAGCGAGCAGAAAUCACUAGCUACAGCGGCAACCCCAGCGGACCACAGCGAGUGCCCAUUUGUGUGAUCAAUGCCGUGACUCCCAUACCCACCAUGUAUACAUGGGCGCCCACACAGCAGAACUUCAUGGUCGAGGACGAGACGGUGCUCCACAACAUACCCUAUAUGGGCGAUGAAGUGCUGGACAAGGAUGGCAAGUUCAUAGAGGAGCUUAUAAAGAACUACGACGGCAAAGUGCAUGGCGACAAAGAUCCCUCCUUCAUGGACGAUGCCAUCUUUGUCGAGCUGGUGCAUGCGCUGAUGCGCUCCCACAGCAAGGAGUUGGAGGAGCCCGCUCCAAGCACUUCGGUAAAAGCCGAGACAGCGGUAAAGCCCAAGGAAGCAGACGUGGGGGACGGUGCGGAGAUGAAAGUGGAGGUUGAAGGCGAUGGGAAAGAAGAGGCACCGGCCAACGAAAAGAAGGAAGAGCCACAGGGAGCUGAGCCUGCUGGGGACGUUAAGCCCGCCGUGGAGGAGGUGAAGGAAAAGCUUCCCUUUCCAGCUCCAAUUAUAUUUCAGGCAAUCAGCGCCAAUUUUCCAGACAAGGGUACGGCACAGGAACUGAAGGAGAAGUACAUUGAGCUCACCGAGCACCAGGAUCCAGAGCGUCCACAGGAGUGCACACCGAACAUUGAUGGCAUGAAGGCGGAGAGUGUUUCCCGGGAGCGCACCAUGCACUCGUUCCACACGCUCUUCUGUCGGCGUUGCUUCAAAUACGAUUGUUUCCUCCAUCGUCACCAUGUCCAGGGUUUGCAAAACCAUGCGGGUCCCAAUCUGCAGAAGCGCGUCUUUGAAGAGAUGAAAACAUUUGCCGAUCCGUGCAGCAACUCCUGCUAUAUGCUGAUCGAUGGCAUGAAGGAGAAACUGGCGGCGGACAGCAAAACGCCUCCGAUUGACUCGUGCAAUGAGGCCAGCUCUGAGGACAGCAAUGACAGCAACAGCCAGUUCAGCAGCAAGGAUUUCAGCAAUGAGAAUACCAAGGAUAAUGCCCUUACUGUUAACGGCGCUGCCGUCGAAGAGAUAAAUACCAUUAUGGCUGAUAUGCUGGACAUUGGCAGCACGAAGGACGUCUGGACGGGGGCCGAUCAAGCCCUAUUUCGUGUGCUGCAUAAAGUGUAUUUGAGGAACUAUUGCGCCAUUGCCCACAAUAUGCUCACCAAGACCUGUCGUCAGGUGUAUGAGUUUGCCCAGAAGGACGACGCGGAGUUCAGCAUUGACGAUUUGCUGCUGGACUAUACACCGCCUCGCAAGAAGAAGAAGAAGCAACGUCUGUGGUCCCUGCAUUGUCGAAAGAUUCAACUGAAGAAGGACUCCUCGUCGAAUCACGUAUACAACUAUACGCCCUGCGACCACGCAGGUCCCUGCGACGUAAACUGCUCGUGCAUACAGACGCAGAACUUUUGUGAGAAGUUCUGCAACUGCACCACCGAAUGCCAGAAUCGUUUCCCUGGCUGCCGCUGCAAGGCUCAGUGCAACACCAAGCAGUGCCCCUGCUAUCUGGCUGUCCGCGAGUGUGAUCCGGAUCUGUGUAAUGCAUGCGGCGCCAACGAAUUCAAGCUGCAGAAGAUCACGUGCAAAAAUGUGUGCGUGCAGCGCGGCCUGCACAAACACUUGCUGAUGGCCCCCUCGGACAUUGCUGGUUGGGGCAUCUUUCUCAAAGAGGGCGCACAGAAAAAUGAAUUCAUUUCCGAGUAUUGCGGCGAAAUCAUCUCCCAAGACGAGGCGGAUCGUCGUGGCAAGGUCUAUGACAAGUAUAUGUGCUCGUUCCUCUUCAAUCUGAACAACGACUUUGUUGUGGACGCCACGCGCAAGGGCAACAAAAUACGCUUCGCCAAUCAUUCCAUCAAUCCCAAUUGCUAUGCCAAGGUAAUGAUGGUCACCGGCGAUCAUCGCAUUGGCAUCUUUGCCAAGCGUGCCAUUCAGCCUGGCGAGGAGCUCUUCUUUGACUACAGAUACGGACCCACAGAGCAAUUGAAAUUUGUUGGCAUCGAACGUGAAAUGGAAAUCGUUUAAUAGAGAGAGACUUAGCAUAACUAUGAAAUCUUAUAAUCAUAAAGGACAAAUAAAUGUAUCUAUUAGGCAC